UGUUAACAUCAUAUCAUUCUUCGUUCAGCCUCACCGUGACAUGUUCCAUCGGAGCGUGAAUCCUGAGUUUACACAAACCAUUCAUGACUAUGAUUACGAGAUUCGUUAAAAAUUAAAAAUUUAAAAUGUCGGACUAUUUUAAUAUGAGUGCGAGUAAAAUGAGUGAAGGCCCAGAAAUUCAAUUGUUCAAGGAUACGGGGAAAGAACAAUUAUUGAAAUAUCAACUUAUUGCUUACAUACUCGGAACAUUGAUUGUUUUAAGCAAUCUUGUCGUUGUUGUAUCGAGCGGAUUGAUACUAAAAAAAGGUCAGAAACCAAAGAGCACGUACCUUCUGCUGGGCAAUGUCUCGCUUGCCGACACAAUUGUCGGCUUUUCCCUUAUAUUCGGAAUGUCUAUGGAGAACACCAUAAGUUCUAAUGUACUAUGCAUCUUUCAAAUUGGUAUGCUUGCUUGCCCUGUGAUGGUGUCACUAUUCAGUGUUGGUCUAAUAGCUGUCGAUCGCUAUAUCUACAUUCUGCACGGCUUGUACUACGGAAGAUGGUUCAAUACAAAAAGAGUAAGAAUCGGUAUACUCUGCACGUGGAUUAUUAGUCUCACUUUGGGAUUCUUGCCUGCGACCGGCUGGAAAAACGAGGAGCUUUUGUAUACAAGGUGUUAUUAUGUGGCACUGUUUCCUGGUAUCUUAGUGUUGCUGAACUCUGUCCUUAGCAUCAUUCCAAUUAUUGUUGUGGCAGUGCUGUACUCUAUUAUACUGUUUAGAGCUUUGAAGAACGUGAAGAAUCUUAAGGCCGCGAAAAAUGAUGAAAAACCAAAAUUAGAAACACCUAAGCUAAGAAUGUAUCGUGGAACCGUUAACGAGAAUAAAGUAAAAACACAGUUCUGUAGGAGUUCAACUAGUGUAAGCGAUAUUAGCGUUCACAGGAGUUCUUCGUUUCAUUUAAGUCGAACGAAUCAAACUCCAAAGUCGAGAAUUAAAAUAUCUACAAAAUCCAAAAGCAUCGAUGAUCUCACAAGUGACAAUGCAAACAUUCUACACGACUACCGUGACAGUAAAAAUAAUGAUGGCCGAACGCACGAAUCUGGACACGAAUCCAAGUUCAGUGUUUACACUGUAGAAUCGAAUCUUUCUGAUAGAAACUCAUCGCUUGCUGACGCAAAUAAUACAUCGGAUUUGGAGAUCAAUGUAAACAACAGAUCUAAUAGUAAUGUUAAAUCGAAAGAACCAAACAAAUGGAGGGCUAUAACCGUUGUAAUGUUAACAUCCGGAAGUUUUAUAGUAACGUGGCUUCCUUUCUUCGUGGCCGGAAUAAUAGAUGUAAAACUGAGUUACCUGGUAAACUUAAGGUCAGUUUACAAAAUGCAGUUACUCAUAUGUGUUCUACUUUUCGGGGCAGCCCUGGUUCAGGGUCGCCAUGAAAAAUAUGAAGGUCACCAGUUAUACCGUGUCUCCGGUCCAGCUACAGAAUUCGAAUAUUUGGAAGCCUAUUUAGAUCUACUAUCAACCAAAUCAGCGGCUCGGUCGACCUCUGGACAACUCGAGGCUUUGGUUAGGUUAUCUCCUGAAGAAAAACAAAAAUGGCUUCCUCUUUUCGACAAGAAGAACAUGGCUUACACAAAAGUUGUCGAUAAUUUGGCUGAUGUCCUACGCGACGAAGAAGCACAAAUCAAUAGAGCCAGACACAAUUCCAAAAGAAGUGGCCGUGCUAUAUCAUUCAACGCCUAUUACAGACACGAUGAGAUGAACGAGUACUUGGAAUCAUUAGCUGCACUGUACCCCGGUCUUGUGACAGUCAUCAACGCCGGCCUCAGCUACGAAGGUCGACAAAUCAAAUACGUUAAAAUUUCAACAACACGAUUUGAGAACCUUCGGAAGCCGGUGAUCCUUAUCGAUGCAGCCGUUCACGCUCGGGAAUGGGUCACGCCUCCUGUCGCUCUAUACAUAAUCCAUCAGCUCGUCGAAGCCGUUGUCGACAGACGACUAACCGAGGGCAUUGACUGGAUCAUCAUUCCUAUGGCCAACCCCGAUGGCUACGAGUAUACCAUUGACGAGGACCGCAUGUGGCGUAAAACCCGAUCUAGGUCACAUCCCGAAGCGGACACAUGCCCCGGAGUUGACGGCAAUCGUAACUUUGACCACCAUUGGGGCACAAGAGAAGCUAGCAAAGACCCUUGCUCCAUCAUCUUUGAGGGGCCCACGGCAUUCUCGGAACCAGAAACCAGAAUCAUCAGAGACGUGGCUCUUCAAAAUGUGGACAGAGCAGCCCUUUACAUUUCCCUGCACAGCUACGGCAAUAUGUUCUUGUACGCUUGGGGGAACAACGGUUCCCUGCCGAACAAUGCUUUGGCUCUCCACCUGGCUGGAGUCAGAAUGGCCGAGGCCAUUGACAGGCUGGCUUUGGACAAAGCCGACCGUUACAUCGUCGGUAACGCCGCACAGGUCCUGUACUUCACGUCGGGUACAUCUCGAGACUGGACAAGGGCCAUUGGUAUUCCUCUUACGUACACUAUGGAGCUCCCCGGAUAUGAAUAUGAUUUCAUUGUGCCUCCGGAAUACGUAGAGCAGAUAGUCACCGAAACAUGGGCCGGCAUAGCAGCGGGUGCUCAUUUCGUUUUGUCCAUAUGGUAGAAGACGGUGAUGUAUAAUAUGACUGUACCAAAUAAAAUGCGUUACGUUACAAAA